AUGGCACCCAGCUUACAAGAGCUGAUUGCUUUCUUGCUGAACGAGGUUGCGCUAUGCGGUAACCAAGGCGCGACCUUACUGGAUGUCUUGAACAGCAUUGAUAUCUUCUAUCGCAACUCAUCCCAGAAUGGUUCUGGGCGUCGCCAGCUAGUAGACCGUCAUUUUCAACGCAAAGUUUGGUCAUGGCUGACUCGCAACCCCGAGGUAUCCGUGGGGUUAGGCAAUAAGUGGAAUCAUCUCAGCCUGGAUGAACUUGAAGAGCUGGAUCAAUCUGCCCGCAAUUCCCAAAAUGAAGUUGAAGAGGAAAUUGAAAAUGAACGAGAAACUUCUGCACCAUCUGCUGCUUCAAAAGUCCAUAUCUUCGUCUCUAAAGAGAGGACUUGGUAUGCAGUUGCCGGCCAUGAACCUGAUGAUAACAAACUCCCUACUUCAGAGUUUUUGUUAUUAUCCAUCAUAGCUACUCGAAAGUCGGAGGGCAUUCCACAGACGGAAUUGGUCAAAAUCAGUGGCCAAGACAAACGAUCGGUGCCCAAAAGGACAGACGCGUUGGCCGCCAAAGGAUACAUUGAGAAGCGAGCUGUUCAAGUCAAAGCGGCGCGCACAAGUCUGUUGACUCUUCGUCGAUUCAUGAACGCGCCGACUGCUCAGCCUAGUAAUGAAAACACAACUGAGGCAAGACCGAUGAUAGAUUUCGAUGUCUUUACUAAACAGCUGUUUGAUGCCCUCAGAGAGAAUGAUGGCACUAUCACCCGGAAUGAUCUCAAGAAAGUUUUAGGGUUCGAGGAUCUAUGGAGAUCGAGAAUUCUCUCCCGAACUGUUCGCAAGUAUGAAAAAAUCGGAGUCCUGAAGCGCGUGAGGGUAAAGUCGCAGUACAAUCUGAUGCACCCUUGCAUAAUGCUGAUGCGAGAACCCACACCGACGGACGUCGAAAAGUUUUUUGAAUUCAGCCGACAUGGGUUCAAGAGAAACGAUGACCAUCCAGCAGAUAUGGAUGAGGACGAGGACUUGGAGGCUGAUGCUCAAAACGUGACCGAUUCUGGAGAGGGUGACUUGCAAAUCAAGAACGACCGGGUUGUUGCGUCCGGACGUAUUGUACCGAUCUGGACACCCGAUCGUGCUCUGAGCAAUCAGCUAUUUGACAUUAUUGACAAAGCGGGCACGUCUGGAAUCACCAAUGAUCUUAUUAAUCGAACAUGCUUUGGAGUCUAUUACAAGCGACCCUCCGAAAACAUGGUUCAUCGUCUGACCGACUGUUGGCAAAUUUCCCAGCCUCCUCAUCUUCGGCACCUUGCACUUGUCCGGGACUCCGAUGUACACAAAACCAUCAUUCACUAUGUCCAUUAUUCGGCGAGAAAUUUCUCGACGAAGGUCAUCGAGGGCACUGCGUUUUGGGAGGCUGUCGAAUUUCCAGACAGGAAACACAAGUCCUUGAAGACUGAGCUUCCCCGAGUUGAUGCUCCUGCUGAACUUGACCAAUAUGGACUUCCCCACAACAACAUACCCGUAGGAAUGAUGAAAAAUGGAAAUAUCAGCUUAUUUGAGGGCCUUGCAAGCUGCAAACCGGCGGAUUACAGCCUUACACGUAAGGACCCUAUGGGUGUAAUACAGGCUGACGGUUCAUACCGGAUUCAACCCGGCAGCUCAGUCCCUCUACAGGGCCUACAACAAUCAGGAUUCAAGAUGAAUAACGGAAAGGGCCGCCCUAGGGGCCGCCCUAGCAAGUCUAAAUCGAAAAAGAUCAAGAGGGAGUCUUCGGUUGUCUCAGUACCUGAUGAGAGCGACAUAGUCAUGGAGGACAACUCCCCAGUGCCACUACACUGGGACAAACGCCAGAGUCAGAAGAAGCGAGAAAAAUACCAAGGCAUGUCCAAGAAACAGCGAUUUGAAGCAAUGGGCUGGGAUGAGACGUGGACCGAGUAUAACGCACUUGUUAUGGAAAAGCCCACGCCUGGGGUUUAUGUCACGCCUCAUGGAAAACGCAGACCUGCUGGGAAGAAGCAGGGUCGUCCGAAGACGAGUCGUAUCGCAGUUUUCAAAUCUUCAAGGCUUUCCACUUUACCCUGGUUCUGCAAGGACGACAAUGACUCAGACUAUGGGGAUACGGGUGCCGGGGUAGAGAUGACUCCGGCAGCUGCAGCCACUCCUAGGAUGGAGACUGAAGAACUUGUUUCACGUCAAUUAAGCGAGACAAUUGAGGAUACUCCAACUCGGCCGAGAAAGGGCAAGCGAGCCCAUCCGAUUACAGAUGUCUCUGACUCGCCAGCCCCAUCAGAAAGUGCUACUAUGGCCAAAGGUCCCAAAGGAAGACCUAGAAAGCAGGCUCGCAUUCGUGGGCCCCAAGAUGAUAGUCAAACUAAUCAGAUUGUCUCUAAGUCCCAAGAGCCUGCCAGUGGACAGACGGGAAUUGAUUUGACCCUGGCAGAUGCCAAUGUGACGGAACAGUCUAAUGGCGAGGCAGCCGGAAGCCGAACCCAGCGCGAUACCCGAUCUCUAGAGAGAAAUGCUACGGAGAACAUUAUGGGCCCACCCCCUUCCAGAUUAGCCACACCGAAGCCACAGACCUCCACUGUGCACCUUAUCCCCAUGAACGGCACGCCCGUAGACAAGAGGAGUGAGAGCCUCAAGGUACACGGUUCAGCACAUCGAGGUGGAUCUAUACCAUUCUUACGCAGAAGAAUUGUCAUGGACAUUGUCGAAAAGGCCGGUGGUGCAUACCCUGGUGGUGGCGAGCUCUGGUAUCCAUUCACGACCGCAUGGAUGAAAAUGAACCACAAAGAGAAACCAGACAUGCGAACUGUGAAGACAACGAUCAAAUAUUUGGUUGAUGCAGGCCAGCUUCAGCAAUUGACCUUCAGUGGCAGAGAUGGCAGAGGCACGAUGGUUACAAAAACCAUUUUGAGGAAGCCAGAAUUGUCACCAGAUGAUCCUUUGGUUAAGGACUUGCAAGCUCAGCUACUGGCUCGUGACCGCAACCCUAAAAAUUCCUUUUCACCUCACAUUGAAACGAACCAUAAAAUCUCACGAAAUGGCGGUAGUUUUGGUCCCAAUGGUGUGGGUGGCCAAAAGUUCCGCAGGUUCUCAUUGCCUACUGUAUCUGAUGCCACUGUUCAUCUCCAUUCGAAGCCUGCUUCCGUUCUCAUACAAGAGAAGAAACGACGCGUAGCGGUGCAUAGGAAGCUAAUGAGAAGAAUGCUUCAUGAAGACUCUGAGACUGAUUCAGAAGAUGACUUGGAAUUGUAUGAGGACAAUUUUGACCCGAGAUUCCAGGUUCACCGACUCAUGAGGUUCCCGCCUCAAUUGGGGCAAGGUUCUGAGAAUAAUGGGACAUAUCUCUAUCGCCCCAUGACAGGUGGUGACAUGGUGCCGACAAUGUCCACGUUUAAAAUCAGACAGCACCCAUUUGGCAAGACGAAACGGUUGCCGAGGAUCAUUUCCAGCAUGGAAGCGAUGAAGAUGUUAAUGAAUCCAGGACAAAUUCUCCACGAUUCUACACAUACCUUUGCCACAGGAUCUAUCAAACGCCGCUGGGGAGGAGGAAAACAUGCUACGUUUGCAGACACCCGUGUCAGCAAGCACUUUAACUUCGCCGAUGCCGUCCAAGAACUUACCGGCCUGGCACGCCAGUCCAAUAAUUGGAUAGGGCCGAUGGGGACCAGCACAACAGAGGCCCGGAGAUUCGCACUCAAAAUGGACAAGAUCCUGGAAUGGGAGCUUGAAAACGAUGGGAUGGCUGAUUCAAAACUUGACGAGCCUCUAUUUAUCGUGCACACUGUUGACAAAGGUUUCGUCCAAGGCCCAAUCAACGGCCCAAUCUGUUUCGAGAUGGACCAGCCUGUGCGAUCUGCCAAAUCCCGCAAAGCCCGCAUAUUGACCCGGGGAUUUUAUGCCCGUCGUCAGCGUCGCCGCAAACACGAGCUUAGCCAGGCCAAUGCGUCCAGCAUGGAUCGGGAUGGCAAAAAUGGACAAGGACACUUUCCUUCACGUCGCCGGACUUUCAAACCACUUCCCGAAGGAGUCAUUCGGAGAUACAUGGUCGCUAUUACUGCUGUUCGAACACUGGCCGGUGGACUCGAGGGGAAGAUCGUCGAUUGGGACCUAGUUCCUCUUGCUUUCCCCAACAGCGAUCCGGAGUUUGUACGUCACCAUGGUAAAUCGAUUCUCGGCCGGAACCGAACAGAGAUCCAUAAGAUGCAACGCGAUUUCCAGGAGCGAUAUCUCCAGGCCUACGAGAAAAAGCAGGUGCCUCCAAUUGACUACAACAACCUAGCAGGAUACAAUUGGCCGGCCGUGGUCGAGUGGGCGAGUAUUGAACUCGAUUUUUCCACAUCUGAAAAAGCUCCCACCCUCCCUGCAACUCGUGAGCAGUUUGACAGCAUGUUCGAGCUACGCGAAGAAUCAGUCACCACUGCCGAGGAAGCCCAUGUCACGACAGGAUCUCUCACAGUUGCCAACAAAAAGCGUCUCUUGGGCCGUAUACCGUUUGUCGUCGAACAACCUCGCAUCGUCAGCCCCCUUCCUCCCAGACACGACCUCCAGAACCUCGAAAUCGCCAAGACAUGGGUUCGCGCCAACACCAUGACGCCGACAGAGCGAUACAAUGCUGCCGCGGCCACCGAAACCCUAGCUCCGAUCGGGGAAUCCCUUCUCGCCUCUGCUACACAAUCCCUGAUGACCGACCGCAUCAUCUGCAACGCAAACCGUGGCCGCGUCACUCCAGGCCGCAACUACAUGCCGCACGACGUCUUCCUUCAAACCAUGGAACGUCGCCGCGCCAUCGACGGCGACCAACUCGCACGCGCGGCCGAAUUCAAAUUGACAGUCCUCGACCCCGCCCUCAAGGCCAAGGGGUCCUUCAAAAUCAAUUACCACGCCGGCGACGGCGACGCUCUAGCCGUUGACGAACUCUUUGCACAUGGCCAAGUCGAAUUGAUCCCACUCAAUCUACCCCGCGAGAAAUUCGGUCUCAUAGAUGGUGCAUACCUCACCCGACAAAUGGACAAAAGCCGUCUGCGCUUCGAAAUGGAAGUGCGCGCGCUUCCGGAGUACGUGUAUGGGAACCCUAUCCACGACGUUGUGCAUGGUACGCCGCCUCCGCUCCCGCCUGCUUCGCGCCAUUUGCCGCUCUGGUUCGAUAUCCAUGGGUGUUUGAUGCAGGAUUGGUGGCAUAAGUCCAUUGCAGCGGUUAUGGGUUGUCUCAUUAUUCGACCCGGUGUGUCGAUUGAGAGUAUUGCCAUCAUGAUCAAACCUGGUUUGAUGAAGUGGGAGAUUGAGCUCUUACUGGAAGAAUGGUUGCUUAAGGUGGGUCUUGUGGAGAAGUCAGGGACUCCGACUCGACCUUGCUGGAGUGUGAAGGAGUGGUGGUGGAUGGCUUUGGGGGGUUAA